GGUAAGUGGCUCGAAAAACAUGAGCUGCAUCGCGAUGCAAUCCUUCUUGACCUUACUCCUUUUGUCUGCUGUGGUGCGGGGGCAGAACCCGUGCCCUCCGUAUGAUGAAAUUGCACCGUGCAAAUGCGUGUAUAUCUCGAUUACGGAAGUCGAUAUUGACUGCAGGUUUGCAGCAACGAUAGAUGACGUCUUUCACGCCUUCAACAACAUCUCUUGGAACUUCAAGAAUAUGAGGAGAUUUUAUCUGGGAUUGUCGGAGAUAGAAGAACUUCCGGAGGGAGUGUUUGGGGAUAUUUCCUUUCAAGAGAUACGCAUAACCGAUAAUGGGAUGCUUCGGAGCAUCCACAACACUGCUCUCCGCGCUUCGAGAGAUCGACUGAGAGUCCUCCGCAUGGAGGGAAAUCACUUGAAUUCCUUCCCCUUUGACAUUCUGCCAGAGAUGACGGCACUAACUGAACUGACACUGUAUAACAAUUAUCUCAUAUUUGUCCCAGUGAUUAACAGCGACAGCCUGGAACUCCUGAAUCUCGCGAAUAAUGAGAUCACAUUUCUGGAAGAGGGACCCUGGUCACUGCCUAACCUCAGGGAACUGCGACUCGGUGGAAACCUCGUCAGGGAGGGUUUGCCAUUAGGGCUAGUAUCAAGUAUGGACAGCUUGGUUACAUUUGAUUGUUCGUGGACCCAGCCGAACCUUCUCAUUCCAAGUGGUUUGUUGGAAUUCGCAAGUGAUGCAUUACAAUACGUGUAUCUGGAAGGCAAUGACAUGUCAAACUUGGAACCAAAUGCAAUAUCUGGUCUGACCAACGUCACUUACCUUAGUCUGUACGGAAAUAACAUUCAAGAAGUGAAUGAAGAUACCUUCAAACCACUCUUGGAAGAUGUGGCAAUCCAAGGAAACGGGUCAAUAAACCUUCACGCUAAUCCCUUGAACUGUGGAUGUGACAUGGCAUGGCUGGUCAUGAACGACACCUUCCGCGAGAUGGUCCGGGGAACGUGCAGGAAGGACGGGUUGCUCGUGUCAGAACUGGACCCUCAAGUCUUCGAAGAACUUUGCUUCAAAAGAUUCUUGGAUUUCUAGUUGAUUUUCUCCGUGAGAGUUGCAGGGACAAAAAUAUAUAAAUAUUCAUGACA